GAAAGUGGCGUGUUGAGUACCCCUUACUUUAGUUCACAGUUUUCUUGUCACGACGUUCACAGUGUCGCGACAGUGCUCAUUGCGGCACGUUCGACAAAAAAUGACGAUCGGAUCGUGUGAAAUAUUUUAAUUUUUUUGGGCGAAAAAAGGUUGCGCGCUACUGGAUUUUGGUUUGUUUUUGUUGUGUUAUGUGGUAAUGUUAGCCAUUAAAUAAUUAUACUAAAUCAGUAUGGCAACAUAACAGGAAAAUAUGGCAAGAAAGUGAAAAGGAACUCGGUACGCGCGCGGCUGUUACUUCCGAUUUCCCGCGCCCCGCGAGCGGACGCAUCGGUUAAAAAAAUAAAAAGGUCUUUUAUAGUCCGCAGUCCGGACCGCGCGGAGACCACCAGACUCGCCCUAAUAAAAAACCUAAAAUGGAACGUUGAACAGUGAUGUGUUGUGAAAAUCGCGCCAAUGGGUACGAAAUUAAAAAUAAAAAUUUCAAAAUUAGAAAAAGGAACAGUGCAAUGGGUUUCAAGGUGUUUUUGUGUUUCGCGAUCGUGGGUGUCGUGUGUGCUGAGUUAGAAAAUGAUGUGUUGACACUGCAAGAUGACGAAAUAAACCUGAAUCUGAAGGAUGAUGAAAUUAAGUCGGAAAGGAGACGGCCGGCGAACGAACAGGAGAAGGAUAUUUUAUUGUUGGAUGCAUUGGGCAGGAGAAAGGGGUCAUACCAUAAUUCGUAUGGCGCGUCGCAAGAAGAUGACUCUAUUAUGGAUUUGUUGGGGAAAAUGAUACCCCAGACAUGCCGAUACCGCGGUUCUCGCUACCCCUGCGGGCUGAGUAUAUCGUGCGUACUCGGCGGUGGCAAGCCUAUGGACCUCUGCUCUGGGGGCAUGAUAUGGGCCUGCUGUGUGGACAGAGAGACCACAGAGAGACCCGCGGAGGUGGCGCCCACUGUGCAUAAUGCUAGUGACCUAAUAGAACUCAUCGGGACAUUCCCCCACGAAAUCGACUACAACAAUCAGUUCGACGAUCCGGUCAUCGUGUACACAGACCACCGCAAACCUCACAGGCCAGACAAAUGGGACACUCAGAAACCCGACAAAUGGGACACCAAACCCGACAAAUGGGACACCAAACCGUGGGAGACACAAAAACCGGAUAAACCGUGGGACGGGGACCAAAACCACUAUUUUCAUGUGAAACCGUCUUAUCAUGAAAGUACGACGAAGCCGUAUGACUUUGGUGAUGAUGAUUAUGUGCCGGUGGUGACGAAUGAGCACACAAGACCUAGUUAUCCGGGUUGCGGCGAGCACUUCACACGCUCCAAUCGGAUCGUCGGCGGUCACUCCACGGGUUUCGGGUCUCACCCGUGGCAAGCCGCGCUGAUCAAGUCGGGUUUCUUGAGCAAGAAGCUGGCGUGUGGAGGCGCCCUUAUUUCGGAUCGAUGGGUCAUCACAGCUGCGCAUUGUGUUGCUACAACACCGAACUCUCAGCUACGCGUCCGACUUGGCGAGUGGGACGUCCGGGAUUCCGGGGAACGAUACUCUCACGAGGAAUUUGCCGUACAGAGGAAGGAGGUUCACCCGUCUUACGAGCCAGCCGAUUUUAGAAAUGACGUGGCGUUAGUCCAGCUAGAUAGGGGCGUUGUGUUCAAGCAACAUAUAUUACCGGUGUGUCUACCUCAGAAGCAGAUCAAAUUGGCCGGCAAAAUGGCGACAGUGGCAGGCUGGGGCCGAACGAGGCAUGGUCAGAGCACCGUGCCUUCAGUGCUACAGGAAGUGGACGUAGAAGUGAUUCCGAACGAGCGCUGCCAGCGCUGGUUCCGCGCCGCCGGCCGGCGGGAGACCAUACAUGACGUGUUCCUUUGCGCCGGAUACAAAGAGGGUGGCAGAGAUUCCUGCCAAGGCGACUCAGGCGGUCCGCUGACGAUGAAGAUGGAGGGGCGCAGCACACUGAUCGGCCUCGUCUCGUGGGGCAUCGGCUGCGGCCGCGAACACCUCCCGGGGGUCUACACUAACAUACAGAAGUUCGUGCCGUGGAUAGACAAGCUUAUCGCGCCGUAG